AUGAAAGGGUGGUUACAAAUGGGCUCCUUAUCCUCUUUUUCACCCAACAAAACAGCACACACAAAAAAGAAGGGUUUGAAGACAACAAGAUUGGACUCGAAUCCAUUUUCAAAAUCAUUCAGGCAGUUUUCAGGCUCAAAAUUCGUCAAUGGCUUACAUCUGCAUUCAGUUGGUGAAGAUAACAACAAGAGUAGAUUGAACGCUCUACCAGAUUUGACAUUAAUGGCGGUUUUAGUUGAGCAUAUGGAAGGCCAAAGAGACCUCAUCACCCACAAAUCCAUAUGGCAUCUCAGCGAUCAAUCCAUCAAGAACGUUUAUACGUUCUACAUCAUGUUUACUGUUUGGGGAUGUUGUUUCUUUGGUUCGACAAAGGAUCCAUAUUAUGAUUCAGAACAUUAUAGGAAAGAUGGAGGAGAUGGAACUGGGCAUUGGGUGUAUGAAAAGCAAGAAGAUAUAGAAGAAAAGGCGAGAUCAGAGUUGUGGCGUGAGGAGUUGAUCGAGGAGAUUGAGCAGAAGGUGGGAGGGCUACGUGAGUUGGAAGAGGCCAAAGAGGAGGAACUUGUCAAGUGAUGGAAAAUAUUUUAGGGAUAAUUAUUUUUUAUACAUACACAUCAAGAUCGUUGUUGAAUAUGAAACAUGAAAAUUAAUAAUGUUUAGAUAGUUUUAUUAUGUAAAAUAUGUACCUUUUUUAACUAUUGUGGAGGGUAUGUGAGAAAUACAUAACUAUGUUUGAUGUUUUUAUUGCUACAAGGCUUUCAAAGAUGGGCA